AUGGAGGACGGGGAGGAAGAGUACUUAUACAUUCCGACAACAACGCAAAUGAAGAUUAUCAGUUUGCUUGUCAUCCCAUCAUCCAUCUUGUCAUUCAUCGGAUCAUCAUUAAUCAUCUACAAUGUUUCGCACGAUAGAAAAAAGUCGCCAUACCGAAGACUUCUGCUAGCGCUGAGCGUGUGCGAUAUCAUUGCAACGUCUGCAUUUGUCACCUCGCCUUUUCUCACCACAGCUGGUCUCAAACAUACCUUUGUUUGGUCCUUCGGAAAUCCAACAUCUUGUGCAGUGCAAGGUGCUAUCACGCAAUUCUCUGUGGCGGCGCAGCUGUAUAGUUGUUGUCUUUCUUUCUACUUCCUUCUCACCAUUCGAUAUGGGAUGCGUGAGACAACGUUUGAAAAGAGACUUGAGAAAAUUAUGCACUUUGUCGUUAUCACGUUUGCCUUGGGCGCAGCCACCACAGGAUUGGUCACUGGGAUGUUUUAUCCAAGUCAUGUUGGGCCUGGAUGCUGGUGGAGCCAUCCUCCUGAAGGUGACAUCUGCGCCAACGACAGUUGCGGUGCCGAAAAGAUGGCAUGGAUUUUUGCGGGCUUUCCCACAUUACUCUGCAUCUUCGCCAUAGCAAUCAACAAUCUUCUCCUUUAUUGUCACGUGAGGUCGACCGUUCUUCAAGGACAACAGCGGGCCAUAGAAAUAGAAAGGAAGCUCUCAACCUACAACAAAAAUCAGAGGGCUGGAUCAGACGACGAUAACAAUUCUAUCAAAAUGUCAUCAGGAAAAUUCAGCAAUUGGGACAGCGAAACAAAACGUGGUAGCAGUAUGCUCGGAUCGGGCAGAUGGGGAAGUAGCGAAAAGCCAAGAAGUGUGCUUCGAUCAUCUGAUAAACAGUGGCAGCGUGUGAAAGAUGUGGGCAAACAAUCCUUUCUGUAUGUUGGGGCUUACUUUCUUUGCUUCAGUGCAACGAUAGUUAAGCAGGGGUUGGAUGGGCAGGGGCUGGACAAGGUAGAAGGAUCGGGCUCCGUCUUCUUGCCUCUGCUGAUUCUUCAGAGUAUCUUCCUUCCAGCACAAGGCUUGUUGAACUUUAUGAUACAUUUCAGACCGAAAUAUAUUCAAGCGAGGCGCAAGUAUACUCACGAGACAAGACUAUGGUGCCUGAAGAGAACUGUGUUUCCGAACAAGAUGAAGCCAACGACUCGUCCUAGCGGCGUUUCAUUGACUCCAAGUCAGCGUGGCAACGAAGAUAAAAAGAUUAACUACGCAGGUGAAUUGGUUUCGGGCCAGGAUUCAGUUCACGGAAACUCUUUCAGUAGGAUCAAUUUCAAUAUUGACUCGAUAGCUGGAUCAGUUCACGAGAGUGACCAAGAAAGUGCAAAUGCAAAUUCAAGUAAGAAGAAAAGAAGUGGAACAGCAAAACGAGUAUCAUACGACGAUGAAGAAUCGUGGAGAUUUCGAUCCUACAACAGAAGCCCAUCGGUUGAUUCAAUCCCGGAAGCAUUGUUGGAGAUCUCAACACGUGAAGAGCCCACUAAUACUCCAGUUUGUGACGACACCACUGACUCACAGUCCAUGGAAAGCCUCGAAGCACCAGCGACAGGGUCCAAACGUGUUUCUCAUACUGGUGAAGUUGAAGAUGUAGAAUCUAACAAAUGA